GGGAAAGGCGUGGAAUUGGUGGAGGCAGUCAGUGGCUCGCCGCGCGCCACAACGACCGUCAGAUCUAGCCGUUCAGUUUUUCCACUUGUUACCGUAUCGUGCUCCCUUACCGUUCUCUUCUCUUCUCUUCUCUUCUCUUCUCCACCCUCCUCCGUUUUUUACUUUUUUCUCCUUCCCGUUUUUUUCUUUUCUUUAUUCUCCAUUCCUCCCUCGCUCUGUGCAUCACAAAGGAUAUCGCGCGAAACCCCACGUUCGAACUCUCCGGGAUAGUGAUCUGUGAUCAAGUGCCUCCGCCCGGUGUCCGGCCGAUCUUGAUACAUAGUGCUUUGGAAAAUGAAUGCGUUGGUUACAGUGUGAUAACGAAACACGCACGCGAUGUUUGAGUAACGAAGAGAUUCGAUAGAUCGUAGUUGUGAGUGAGGGGAGAGGAAAAAAGAUAAAGGAGAGAAAGGAAGAAAAGUGAAAUACUAUGUAUAGUCUUGGGAUGAGAGAUAUCGUUCCUUCGGUUGUUUCGGUUGGGGAAAUGUGACGAAUUUUUGCUUCUUUUAUUUUGGUCUCUUCUGUGAUUUGUGUGCAAUAAUAAACCAAUAAUGUGAAAUACCUCCGCACGAUACAGGUUUUUCGACUCGAGAAAGUUUCGUGGAAAUUUUUUUCCCAUGCAUCGGAGAUUAUCCUCCAAAGGUGUGUGCAUGUCUCGCGUGCGCGAGGCCGGGUGAAUAAGCGUAGGCGUUUCGUGUGACCGAAAGUGUAGCAUGGCUUAAUCCGAAAAAUUAUAAUUGCAGAUUCGCGACUUGUGCACACUUUUGCACGCCUGUAUUUUGAAUACAUUAUACAAAUUGAACGUUGCACAAGUCUUUUCCCUUUACCUCUAUGAAAUUUCAUAACUUGUACUUGCGCCUGCUUCUUCUUCGACACUCCUUUCAAACUUUUCCAUUUUUUUAAGUUUAAAGUGUGCCGACCGCCUCUCCCGGUGAAAUUGGAAGCCUUUUUUUUCGCACACGGGAAAAGUUAGUUAAAAAACGCCUCGUUUCGUUCGGUUCAAACACGAUAAAUUCAUCGAUGCCAAUUACGCGAGUCUGCGAACGUGACGAAAGAAAAAUAGAAAAAAAGGAAAAAAUGGAAUGAAUAUCAAACAGAGUGGGACCCUUUGCACGAGACCGAUCUAAUCACAAAACGCGAUUAAUCUUCGCGAGAAGUUCUUUUUGUCCCGGAUUGUACAUUCGGAUACGCUAACACGUUCGUCGAUGUUAAUUUCAUAUCGUGAACCGCGAGAUUUUUCCUCGUCGAACACCACGGUCUCACGUUCGUACAGAGAGAGAAAGAGAGAGGGGGAAAACAUUUACAUCCAGCUGUAACAUCUGUUUACGUGACCAGUGUGACUCGUGAACAAGCUCCCCACGGAUGUGGCACUCAGUGGUGAAUUUUCGAAGGAUGUGUUGCAGUAUGCCCGCCGUCGAGGCGAGGAGCCACGCUCUCUAAUCUGGAUUAACAAGGGUGCGAUUAUACGCGGCGCAUUUGGAGAUUCGUUCACACGCCAUAUUUUCGCAUCGUGUUUCACCGUGCAUCGUUCCCGAUGUGGAAAAGACGCGUUCAUCCGUGAACGAUCGACCGUGAAGCUCCGAGAGCAUGGAUUAAUUCACGGGGAUCGACGUCGACGUAAUAUCGUUGUAUGAAUUUCAAUUCUUUCUUUCUUUCUUUCUUUCGUUUUGUUUCGUUUCGUUCUCUAUAUUCAAAAAGCCUCUCCUUCGCGAGAAGCUGAAAGAAGUGAAAAAAGUGACCGACGCUCGAGUUCCGUUCUCGUCCACGAUCUUGGGAUAAUAAUGUUCGAAGGAAGAGGCGAUCGGUCGUUUUGUUCGCCUCUGUUUCCCGCUUGAUGAAUCUCCACGGACUUCAAAGAAGGAACGAGAAGAAUCUCUCCGAUGCCAUCCUCCCCCGUAACUUUUCCAGGCCGCGGUAAGAAAGGACCGAUUCGGGGAUCCUCUUAAUAGAAUUCAACCAAAGAAAGGGAAAGAGAGAGAGAGAGAGAGGGAAAAGAAAGAAAGCUCGGGUGGGAUCGACAAGGUCUUCUUGUCGUGUUCGGAUAAAAGAAAUCUCGGACACUUAUCGAGCCUUUCUCGUCCAGUUGCUUCGAGCGGACCUAAAUCUUCUCGGAGCCGGUUUACACAACUUUGAGAAGAGGAGGGCGCGUUUAUCAAGUCGGAGGGGAGGGGGAGGAGGGGAUCAAAACCUGUGUAUUCGACGAAAGGAGGCUGAUUCACUCGUGCGUAUCAAGCGGAAGUGGAGAAGGUUGGCCGGGAAGUGCCGCCUCAAUGGGAGUGGAUCCUCGUUCCGGAGGGCCGCAUUCGGGAAGAAGUCGCGCAGCUCGAUGGACCAAGGGGAAUCGACGGAGCGAGGAGACACUCGUGGUUGAAGCGUGGUUCGGUGGUGGAGGACACGGGUGGCGUUGGACGGGACGGCUCGUCGCGAUUUUCCCCGGGUCGUGUUGGGUGGGAGAGCAGAUGGGAAAAAACGGGUCGACGAGUGAAACUCCGCUACCGACCUCGAGCGAAAAGUUAACGCCUGUUGUUCCGCCACGGACGAAUCUUUUCCACUUUUCUAAGUGCGCCGUUCGCCGACUAUAAACCGGAGAGAGAGAGAGAGAGAGAGAGAGAGUGUGCGCGUCCAUUGAAGCCGGGGCUUCAAUUAGCCGUAAUCGUCUCGCCUGAUGCGAGACCCAGAUGCGAAGUUUCAGCGGCCACCAUUCGGAGGUUUCAUUGGAUCGUUAGCGUCGUUCAACCUUCUGGUGGACACUGGUCGGGUCGGGCUUCGACAUUGGCCCGGCGUAGCUGCCGGAGAGUUAAUGAAAUUCAGCGAGAUUUUAGAAUUUUUGUUUUUUAGAAUCGAGAUCUGCCGGAUUAUCAUUAUCGCAUCUCGUGAACAACAAUCGUGCCUUUAAAUGAUCUCUCAACAAUAGAAACGAAAAUUCUUUUGCAAAUUCUGCGAAUCAUUCUCCCUUUUUUACUAUAUUAUUGUUGAACGAGAUAUAAAUAUAUAUAUAUAUGAGAGAGAGAGAGAGAAAGAGCGAGAAAGAAAGAGAAAGAGAGAAAGUUGCCGCUUCAAUCCUAAUCCUGACGAAUCUCGCGCGUUCGCGUUGUCAGUGAAAAAUGUGGAAAGCAGCUGGAGGAUACGGGGCACGGGAUCUUCCAUCUGGACAAAUUCGUGGAACGAGCGUGCUCGUGGUUAGGAAUCAAAUCGAUGGAAGCACCGCUUGAGCCGGCGGCGCGUUGAAAUGGAGGUGAAGUAGGAUUACUUCGAUACUUGGAUAAUCCAAAGAAGAAUGGAGGUAGAGCGACGAAGAAUUUACGGCGGAUAGGUUCCAUUAACGGCGAGACAAAUCUCGAUGCGACUGUGACGAACUGAGAAUUGGAUUCUGACGAUCACUCGCCCCGAAGAGAGGGGAGGGGGGGAGGGCUCGUGUCUGAGGAACUGGGGAAUCGUCGAGGGAUGCAAUUUUCAAUGGAAAGAAAUAUAUUACAUGUAUAACAGAGAAACGAAACGCACAAAAGUCUGGUAAUAUUAUUUAAAUUCUCGAGAAAUUGAAACGAUGAGUAAAAUCGAAAUCUCCUUUAUAAAAAAGAUAGAAAUGAAUUCGUAAGAUUCAAUCAAGGGAACAAAGUAGUUAAAAAAAAAAAAAAAAAAAAGAAAAAAAGGAAAGAAAGAAAGAAAAUUCGACCUAUCUAAUCGAAAAUCCCGAUCAUCCAGCGAUCCAGAAAAUCUUGAACGUCUCGAGAAACGAAUUUGAAAAAGAAUCUGAAUUUACUUCUCGAAUUAACCUUAUCAUCGAAACAAAAGGUUUCGAAACACGGGUGAAACGUUGCUGGAUAUAAUAAUCGAGCAACGAUAAUCAGCAGCGAUCAGGCUGGAGGACGAAAGGGAGGCAUUGUUCGCAAAGAUUUCAGUGCUAUGCAUCGUGUUGGCUCCUGGAGCCUCGAUGACCUUGACUCAGCGAGCAUGAAGCACCCAUCGAGGUCACCGGGACUUGAGAUUGCUAUGGCACUGUUCGGCAUGGUCUGGCUGCUGCGUGUUCGCUCGGAGAUGCGUCGUUGCUCGAAAUGCCGGCACGAGGAGAUCCUUGCGGCCCAGCAACAGCAGCAGCAGCAGCAGCAACAACAACAACAACAGCAGCAGCAGUUGCAGCAACAGCAGCAACAUCAUCACGUGCAUCAUCAUACGCAUCAUCAGCAACGUACGCUGUCGCAGACCAACAGUCUGCUGCAAACUCCUGACGAAGCGGUCAGUUCCUCGGCAAACACUCUGUUCACUUUGGACACGCCUGGCGCCGCAGGUUCCGCCGGAAGUUACUGCGAGGUGCAUGGAUUCGUGCAGGCGAAAGAAGAUAUCCAGGAGUUUUACGAGCUGACGUUGCUCGAUGAGUCGAAAUCGGUGCAGCAGAAAACGGCGGAGACGAUCCGCAUCGCCGACAAAUGGGAAGCCAGCGAUGGGCCAAUUACGCCGACCUUCGCUCAAAAUGACGGUGGUCCAGACUUCCCGGUGAACCAGACUCUGUCGAACAUUUAUGGCCGUAAGUCGGCCAGUCCAGAGGCUCCAGACCACGUAGACGAAACUCAGAAGACCCGUUACGCUGGUGGAGGAGUAGAGGAGCAGCUGCCGCCACCGCCGUCGCCACCCCAGUUGAAAGAGGCCAGCCAGUUGGAUGGAGUUCCUAGACCGAAUUCGGUCGAUCGUAUCCUACAUCCCGACGGUAGCCAGCAUAUCCUAACUAGCCACGAUACUCUGAACAAGAGUCACGACAGCUGGCAAGGACACGACGGAGACCAGGCACACACGCCCCUACUUGCGGCUGACACGAGACAUGUCAACGGGGACGAUGACUGGGAGUACGAGGAGAUCGUGCUCGAAAGGGGUGGCGCCGGGCUUGGUUUCAGCAUCGCUGGGGGCACGGACAAUCCACAUUUCGGCAACGACACUGCCAUUUACAUCACGAAACUUAUACCCGGCGGUGCCGCGUCCGCUGACGGCCGUUUACGCGUCAACGACACGAUACUCCAGGUGAACGACGUUUCCGUAGUCGACGUACCACACGCGGCUGCCGUCGACGCGCUCAAACGGGCAGGGAACACCGUUAAACUAUACGUGCGCCGACGGAGACACACGCAGCUGAUCGAAAUCGAGCUAAUUAAGGGUAACAAGGGACUCGGUUUCAGUAUCGCCGGUGGUAUCGGCAAUCAGCAUAUACCUGGCGACAAUGGGAUCUACGUAACGAAAAUUAUGGAGGGCGGUGCCGCACAAGUGGAUGGCCGUCUUGUCGUUGGGGACAAAUUGGUGGCCGUCAGAAAUGCUCUGCAGGGCGACAAGAACCUGGAGAACGUGACGCACGAGGAAGCGGUGGCGACGCUCAAGGCGACCCAGGAUCGCGUGGUCCUUCUCGUGGCGAAACCGGAAACCGGAAUCGUGCCGCCGCCACCACCCCCAAUAGCCUCGGACAAUUCGCUCUCGCCGCAACCACGAAAACAAAAUGGUUCCGUGUCAGCGCUGGAGAACAACUCGACGCUGCCGUAUUCACAGGAAUCACGUCACGCGUCUUCUCUUGCUCUCCAUGGAGCGGCCACGCCACGAGCAGUUUCUCAGGAGGACGUAUCACGAGAGGUACGUACAGUCGUGCUCAACAAAGGCUCCUCCGGACUGGGUUUCAAUAUCGUCGGUGGCGAAGAUGGCGAGGGAAUUUUUAUUUCCUUCAUCCUAGCCGGAGGCCCGGCCGAUCUCAGCGGUGAACUACGUCGUGGCGAUCAGAUACUCAGUGUCAAUGGCAUUAAUCUUCGGACAGCCACCCAUGAAGAGGCCGCCGCGGCCCUUAAGGGCACCGGGCAGACAGUGACGAUCGUGGUACAGUACAAGCCCGAAGACUACAACAGAUUCGAGGCAAAGAUCCAUGAUCUUAAACAGCAGAUCUCUCAACAGAAUUUGAUGACAGGCACUCUAAUGAGGACUUCGCAAAAGAAAUCGCUUUACGUUAGAGCGUUGUUCGACUACGAUCCUAACAAGGACGACGGCUUGCCGAGCCGUGGUUUGGCAUUCCGUUACGGUGAAAUCCUACACGUGACGAAUGCCAGCGACGACGAAUGGUGGCAAGCCAGAAGAGUGACUCCUCAGGGCGAGGAGGAGGGUCUCGGCAUAAUACCGUCGCGCAGACGAUGGGAACGGAAGCAACGCGCCAGAGAUCGUUCCGUCAAGUUCCAAGGCCACAUGCCGGUCAUCCUCGACAAGCAAUCGACACUGGAUAGAAAAAAGAAGAACUUCUCGUUCAGCAGAAAGUUCCCGUUCAUGAAGAGCAAGGACGAUAAAUCCGAGGACGGUUCGGACCAGGAACGGUCGCCCACGACACCCGAGAACGAAAACGAUCCUACACCAUUCAUGCUGUGCUACACCCAGGACGACACUAACACCGAAGGGAGUAGAGAAAUUUUAUAUCGCGUCGAACUGCCUUAUAUGGAGGAACUGACGUUAGUUUAUCUGGAAAAGGAGGACGAUGACAAUAAUGACGAGAUUAGCAGCGAAGAAAACGUGCUGUCGUACGAGGCAGUCCAGCAGCUCACCAUACAGUACACACGACCUGUCAUUAUCCUCGGUCCUCUCAAGGAUCGCAUCAACGACGACCUCAUCUCGGAAUUCCCCGACAAAUUCGGCAGCUGUGUGCCACAUACAACGAGGAGUAGAAGAGAAUACGAAGUGGAUGGACGUGAUUACCAUUUCGUCGCAUCUAGGGAACAGAUGGAGAGGGACAUUCAAAAUCAUUUGUUCAUAGAGGCCGGACAGUACAAUGACAAUCUUUAUGGCACGUCUGUGGCAUCCGUGCGAGAAGUCGCUGAAAAAGGAAAACACUGUAUUCUCGAUGUGAGUGGAAACGCCAUCAAGAGGUUACAAGUGGCGCAGCUGUAUCCUAUCGCCAUCUUCAUUAAACCAAAAUCCGUGGAAUCAGUUAUGGAAAUGAACAAGAGGAUGACCGAAGAACAAGCGAAAAAAACGUAUGAACGAGCACUGAAAAUGGAGCAAGAGUUCGGAGAAUACUUUACUGCCGUGGUGCAAGGCGACACACCGGAGGAGAUCUACGUGAAGGUGAAGGAGGUGAUCGCCGAGCAAUCAGGCCCGAACAUUUGGGUACCGUGCAGAGACCAGCAACUGUGACGUCCUGCCCCCCACGCUCAGCCCGGUCCAAACGCUUGGACCCUACCUCCGAGGCGUCAAGCUUAAUUACUCUUAAUAAAAAUAACCGAGUAACUCUCUAAUGCCUUCCCCGUUCCCAUCCUGAAACCCGUCCCACCUCACUCCACCCCUAUUGCCCUGUUUCACACCCAAUCGAGUAGCACAAUGUCCCAGUUAAGGCAUUAGCCGCGCACCAAGCUCGUCGAAAAGAAAAGACUUUGUAUCGUGUAAACGCUGAAAGUAAUACGAGGAGGAAUAAUAUGCCCGCAAGCUUCACUGGGAGGCGAUUAUUAGAUUAAGGAGAGGAUUAAAGAAAGAAUAAUAAUAAUAAUAUUAAUAAUAAUAAUGGAGUAUGUUUCGAAAAAGAAUAUUCAGAGUCUCUCCGCGAGUCGUUCACGCCGUGAUAAAAUGUUUCAUUGUUAAUCGAUAAAAUUAUUGUUGAUAAAACGAUAAAACGAUAAGAUAAAGGCGUGUUCUAUAAUUGUUAUCCGUUUCGAUGAGAGACAUCUGAAUAUUUACGUUUUUAAGAAAGAUUGUUAGGCAGAGGAUACAUACAUACAUGUUAUAGCGUUAAUAUCAGAAGUAUUUCGUCGUAUCACGAUGUUUUCUCAUGAUUUCCAUGUGACGAGUGGAUUUGUUGAGUAAAAUGUGAAAAGACCAUCGUCGUGUAUGCGUAUCUUCGCGUUGAAUUUUGUCACUGUGUUAGGACGUCAGAACGAAUACACGAUAUUUCGAUUAUUGAACCGAUUCUUCUUAUUGCGACGAAAAUAUUGAACACGUAGUCGUUUUAUAACGCUAAAUACUAAUCCUGAUUUUCGUUAUAAAAUCAAAAGGAUACAUGAUCGUGUAUUCGUAUCGGAGAUGAUUUUAAUGUAUUGACGACAACUCGACUCGGCACGACGAAGCCGACACGUUGAGGAGUUUUACUGAAAGACUCGCGUCGUAGUUCUUCUUCGACUGAUUGCGAACUGCGAUGCGUAAUGUGUAUGUUACAUUGUAUGUAUACAGUUCACGUUUGGAAACACGAUGAGAGAGAGAAAAAGAAAGACGAAUAACAAACGAAUGAUCGACACUCGGUUGAAGUCGAAAAAGGUGAAACGAAAAAGAAGAACGAGCGAAAAUAAAAUAAAGUAAAAUAAAAUAAAAAAAGAUAAUAGAUGUUUAAGAUAGAUAUUCGUCGCGAUUUUUUGUAAGAUGCGCACAGCACUUUAGACGCUUAUAAACAAAGAAUUUUCACGCGCAAAUCGCGACGAUUAAACGACAAUGAGAUGAGACAAAGUACGAGAUACGCUGAGAAAAUAAAGUAAACGGAAAUAAAAAAAAAAUCAAUAAAAAAUAAUACUUGGCUUCACCGAACAUAUUAAUACAUGUAUAGCUUGGUCCGGUUAAUUCUGAGCGAAGUAGCGCGGUAUUUUUUAAUGUACUUAAUCGCAAUAAAAAGCGAACAAGAGACAGAGGGGGGAAUCGGAAAGAUUCGUUGCCUGACAAAGCGAAACUCGUACGUAAGAUGUAUUAGCAGGACAAAUGAAAAGAUAAUAUAAAGGGAAACUAGAAAAGCGAGAAUUAAAAUUUUUGUGAGAGAAAGAAAGCGAAAAUGGAAAGAAAAAAACAAAAUAGAGAAAAAGAACAAGAUCCAGACGCAUGUUACGAACCUCACGAUUCAUCAAACCUCACAGGACAAAUCUCUAGAUGCUAGAAUAGCGAUAUAUAAUGUUUUGUACAGCUAGAUUACUAAGCCAGUACUGGGUUAUGUGCAACAUUAUAUAUAUGUAUAUAUAUAUAUUAUAUAUAUACAUAUAUAUAAUAUAUAUAUACAUAUAUAUAAAUAGAGAAUGCGCGCGAGAAAAAAGCAGAAACGAGAUCGCGAGGAGAAAAAGAAUGAACGCUAUUGUAAUUUAAAUACCACUACUAAAUUAUUAUUACGAUAUAGUAGGUAUAUAUAUAUAUAUAUAUAUAUAUAUUAUUGUAAAUACCUAUACCCGAGAUAAUCGAGAUGGUAUAUGGUGGUAGCGUGAAACCAUGGACGAAGUUCGGUCGUAAUAUUUUCUUGAUCGUGUCGACCCACAGAUGUAUGAUGUAACGACGUUUGUAUUAAAUUCGAUGCAAAGAGAGAACCGUUACUUUUGCAUUUCGCUUUCUACGAUUGGUCUAUGCCAAUCCAUAGAAAACUGAAUGCGUAUACAUGCGUGUAUAGAUAAGGAAAACUGGACGGGUUUUAAGACAAUAUCGCAAAGAAUCGCACUGUGUAACAUCGUGAAGAAAAGAAAUACGUUAUCAUCUUGACGAUAAAUACGAAACAGGUUUCACUCCACCCAGACCAACGAAAACGCCUCGUAUCGAACCAUUUUCACAAAGGCAGUUGGAUAACGAAAAUAUCACGAGAAAACAAAUCAUUGAAUGGCAUCUUUUCGAUCACAUCAUGUCGUCGCGUUAAAUCGAUAGAUUUGGUAUAGAGGGAAUGCGAUAUAAUCAAGAUAAUUGCUCGUCGAUUACAUAUAGUACUUAUACGAGUGAAUAGAAGAAAUCGUGGAAAAUAUAGAAAAAAGAAUCGUAUUAAGGGUUACGAGACGAUGAAACAAAGAAAGGUUAGAAAACGCGAGAAGAGUUUAUACGUACAACUGCGUAUCGUCGCAAUGGUUAUUAACCUACUAACCACUUGUUUCGACAGUCAUCGAUCGUGCAGCGAUUAUCGAAUCGUUUCGCUAUCGUCGAUUGCUCGAUUUCCUUCGAUUUGACGAGUGGAAGGAUCCAUUUUUGUGUUCUUCGUUUUCUUUUUUCGUUUAUUCGUAGAAUGUGUCGAGCGAAUAUUUACGACAUACCGGUUGAUCGGGUAUAAUUAGCAUGGGUACGCUUUCUACGAGCUAUUUUUCCUACGACAAAUCCUGUGUUUAGAAUCGUUAACGCAACAGCCGUCGCAUGUAUUUACGAAAGAAAAAAUACGAAGAGUGAAUGAAUAAAUAAUGGAGUCGUAUUAUUGAUAGUUGAAGAAUGAAUCGAAUAACGAAAAAAUCGUUGUCAUAUAAUAAUAUUAUCGCACAGGUUGUGCCUGAAGAGAAAAGGAGAUCGGGAAUGAGCUAGGAUUCGCCGAAAGUUAAAUCAAGAAAAUCUUGAAAAGGAGAUGAUGGAAAAAAGACGUCUGUCUCGAUGUAAAGGAACGUAUAAAGAGAAUAAUUACUACAGACACUUAUUAUACACCUCUAUAGUCUAUUUAAUAAUAUUACUUAUUGAAUUGUCAAUCUCAUGUUCACCUUGUUUCAUCGUUUUUAAAUAGUUAAUAAACGUUUUACCAAUUUUAAA